AUGCCCAAGCGGAAAAGAUACGCUAACGCAGAUAAAGAUUACAAUGGAACGUUACAAAAGAAUGCUGUGGCCCGGCAGAUUGCGCAAGGUCGCAAACUUCUCCACCGAGCACUGAAAACUGCCAAAGGAUUCGAACGUCAGAAACUAGGAAAAAGAUUGACGCGCGCAGACUCGACGGAAUUGAAGGCACGAUUAAAUAUGGAGAUUGAUGUGCUUAGGGCCUUAGAUCUAGAUAAUGUUGCGAAUACUCAUAUGUAUAAGACGUUUUUCAAGAUUAAGGCCUUUCGAUACAGUGGGUUUAUGACUGAAGAUCUUGUGAAAAAAGAAAAAGAAGAGAAAUCUACGGAUGCUCACAGCAUCGCAAUGAACAAUGUUGUUAGUGGAAUCUUGAACAUGAAGACAAUUAAGGAGACUACCGAACGUAUUGUGAAGGACAUGUAUCAUACAUUGGGGAUACCUAUAUCUACACAGAGGCUGAAGAGCGAGUCUGAUACAAAGCAUUCAGUUAAUCGUCAAGACUCUUCUGUUGAUAUAAUUCCAAAACUACACCUUCCUGCCAAGAAAGAAAUCAUCAAACAAAAUGAUAUCAAAUCGCCUGAUGAGGGAGCAAUUGAAUCUAGUGAAGAAAUCGAGCGAAUUAAUUUUCUUGGAAGUCUAGACAUCCAAGAAGAUGCUUCUCUUGAUGAGGACAAUUGGUCACAAUAUGAUGAGAAACUUGGCACUUCUUCCAGCGAGACAGACUCAGAAAAAGGGGAAUACUCGAAGAGACGGGCACCACUACUGUCUUCUCCACCAAAACUAGACGCCGAAUCAGAAGAUAUCAAUCAAAGUCGCCCUCACGACUCUUUGUCGCGCAAAGCUUUCGCGCAAGCUAAACCCCGAUUGGAAAGUAAGGCUUAUUACGAAACAACCCCUAAAAUUCCAAUUAAGCCUGGACUUUCGACGUUCUUACCUACGCUUAUGGGCGGCUACUGGUCUGGUUCUGAGGAAUCAGCCUCAGAUAUUGAAGACUUGGCCCCUAUAAGUAAGAAAAAUAGACGUGGUCAAAGGGAAAGGCGUGCAAUUGCGGAGAAAAAAUAUGGUCAAAAAGCUAAGCAUAUCGUCUCAGGUCAAGCUUCUAAUAGUAAAAGUAAAGAAAGAGAUGAGGGCUGGGAUCUAAGAAGAGGUGCUACCAUUAAUACAGGGCUAGCUGGUCGAGGCCAGUACCCGAGAAGAGCCUUCUCUCGGCCAAAGCCACAACAGCAAAUAGACAAAACUACGAUUAAAAUAGGGAGAGACGGGGCUAAUCAAGUACGGCAUAGAGAUGAUGUUGGCAUACUACAUCCAAGUUGGCAAGCGGCGAAGAAGGCAAAGGAAAAAAAGCAAACAGCCGUAUUUCACGGAAAAAAAGUAACAUUUGAUUGA